AUGCCCCGCGAUGCAUCUGGCCUGCGGAAAAACCGUGAGGGAGAAGAGAAGUCCUUGCUGGGGACGACAGCAGGGCCAGCUCUGCGUGGCCGGAGCAGCGGCCCGGAUUCCCUGCGGACGCCCGUCCGGGAAGCCGCCGGGCUCCGGAGGCAAUUCCGCCUCCGCGCGGGAGGGACUUCCAGGCUGCCGCGCCAACAAAGGCUGUUAAGUGUGGCCAGCACGCCCGGGGUCGCGUCCCAGCCCUGUUCCCUGGAGAAGAUGGAUGAAGCGAAGCGGGACUCGCCGAAUUCCCUCGGGAGGAGGCCCUGCGCUGCCCACACGAGCGGCGAGGCGCCGCGCUGGCACAGCGGGGCAGGGGCGACUCCGUCCCCUUCCAGCAGCAGCACCGAGGGGAGAAAAAGGAAAUACUCUGCUUUUAGUGAAAGGAGUUUUUAUUCGGAUGUGCUCACUGAGACAACCCUCAGCAACGUGGACGUCUGUGCUGGCCCCCACGUGCACAAGGAUUUGGUGAGACAGGCAGACCUCGAGCAGCACAGCCCAAAAGUCACAACCUUCAAGAUACCCGAGGACAUUGGAAGUUGCCUAGAGAAGCAAGUGAUUGGCCCAACCACCGAGAUCCUCAUCAAGUCAGAUUUCCCGCUGCAAGCAUUUAAGCCCAAAGUGCAGAUUCCCUUCCAAAGGCUUCCAGGGCAGUGCCCUCGAAAGAUUGAGAUAGAGAGGAGAAGGCGGCUAUACCGCAGCCUUGACAUUGCUCAGCUCUUAUCCGCUGAGGGGAUAGACUCCAAUGAGCUGAUGCCAAGACACCAGGAACUUGACACUAUGCCAACUAUUGUGGACAAGAGAGAUCCUAUUUUUCCUGUCUACCUUCCACUAAAGAUAUUUGACAAUGAAGAAUACGACUGCAGAACUCCAGAAGAGUGGAUCUUGCUAGGACUGGAGCCAGGAUCUCAUGAGAGAAAGCCAGUGCCUGGAAAAGCACUUUUACCCACGGAUGAUGUACUGGGACAUGAGGACCCCAAAAGUCAGCAGUUAAUCUACAAGUGGACUGAUGUUGGUGUUCUGGAUUAUGACAAGGAAACAAAGCUCUACUUGGUCCAUAAAACAGAUGAGAAUGGGCUAGUAAGAGAUGAAGAGGGGCGACCCAUCGUCAAUGGAGGAGUAACUCCAGAAGGAAGGGCCCCGCUGCUGCCGUGUCAGUACUGGGUUCCCCGGGUUUGCCUGCUGUUUCUGGCCGAAGAUCCCCGGGUGUUUGCCCGGCGGGUGGUUUCUGCCAACAGCUUGCGUAAGAAGACACAGGCGCUGCUGCUCUACCACCUGUACGUGGACUGCAUGCCCACAGAUGGCCUGAACAGCAUCAGUGAGGAGAGCCUGGGCAGGAUGAGGCUGCUGGCUGUGCAUACGCCCAACCUGAAGGAAGAGGAACGGGUAUUAGACCGUUUGUGCCAGCUGGAAAAAGAAGUGAGAUUAGACUACGAACGUGCAAUGAACAAGAUCAUCUUUGACAAAGUUGUCAUUUCCAAACCUCAGACGUUUUCUUAUGUUACUCUGCCAGACAAAGAUGAAGAGAAAGUGCCAGAGAAAGGGCUCAUCCGUAUCCUAGACUAUCCUUUUAAUGAGCAGCAAGCACGCUUCAGUUUUGUCUCGCUCCUGACCAGGCCAGAAGUCCUCCUUGCCCUGACACAGGUGCAAGAUGAGUGCAACAAGGCGGUUGCCAUGUCUCUGUUCCACUCAACUCUAGCCAAGCAGGUCCGCCUGGAGGAGUUUGAACAGAUACAGACCCAGACCUUCACUCAGGUUCAGAUGUUUCUCAAGGAUACUUGGAUCAAUACUCUAAAGAUUGCAAUAAAAAGCUGCCUGAGAGAUAUAGGCAAAGGCUGGUACAACCUGGAACAGAGCAACAGUUAUAUCUACGAGAUGUCCAAGCUGCAUAAGCUGAUGAACCGCAUCAAGUUCAACCUGCAAGACUCUGUGCGCUCUUUGGUUCAGAAUUCACUGGUCAGCUUCACCCAGCUUUUACUGGAUGCUUGCCACAGUGUCAUGAAUUGCUCAGAGGAUAUGGAAUGGGGGGACGAUCUCAUCAACAGUCCAUACAAACCUCGAAAGAAUCCACUCUUUGUAGUAGACCUGGUGCUAGACAGCAAUGGUGUUCACUUCAGCACUCCCGUGGAGAACUUUGAGAAAUCCCUCAUUUCUCUGUUCAAUAAGGGAAUCCUGGCAACCCACACUAUCCCACAGCUGGAAAAGUAUGUAUUGGAGAACAUACUUAUUGCGGGCACACCCUUGCUGGAAUCGGUGGAUCUGCAUGAACCAACAGUGGAAAAACUACGCAAAACUAUACAAUCUGCCAUGGAAAAGGCACUGAUCCCCCUCCAAGCCUAUGCCAAGAAAUAUGAGAAAUUCUUGGAACUCAAUAACAAUGACAUCCAGUUCUUUACGAAGGACUACGAAGAGCAAUGUCCAUCUGCCCAGGAGAUAAGGAAGAUAGUAAUCACACAUUUGUCUGAAAAAGAGAAUGUGGAUAACACCUUACCUAGCUCCAUUGUCAUUGGUCCCUUCCACAUCAUCACAGAAGGUGUUAAGCAAAAUCUGUCCAAAAAAUACAAAGCGCUUGCCACUUCCAUAUUGGACAUUCUGGCUAAAAACCUCCAUUUACAAGUAGAGAAUAUCUGCGAGGCGUACAAAGCCACCAGCUGGAAAAUGCACGAGAAGCCAAACAGCAUCGAGGAGCUGGCUGAGCUGCGAGAGUGGAUGAAGGGAGUCCCCGAGCAGCUGAGCGUGCAGGAGGAACUGAUCAAGGAAGUCAUGGCAGAUUACGAGGUCAUGGAGGAAUUCCUUUACAACCUUACCCAACAAGAUUUCACUGCAAAGUGGGCUGCAAGUUACUGGCCCCUGAAAAUAAUUAUGCAAACCAAGGCCAUUCAGCUGCAGCACCUGGAAGAGGAAGAGAAAUUUCGCAAGAUCCAGCUCAUGGAUCAGAACAACUUUCAAGAGAGGCUGGAGGCAAUGCAGCUGAGCGUGGGUGGGUUUUCCAUCCAGGUGGACGUUAGCCGAGCUCAUGAGUUGGCUAAUGAGGCAAGGCGGAUCAGAAAGCAGCAGAAGGAGCUUCAGAAUUUGGCUAUUCUCUACAACAACAGGGAAAGGAUCUUUGGGAUGCCAGUUACUAAUUACAGUAGGUUGUCCAGGAUGGUUAAGGAAUUCCAGCCAUACUACGAUCUCUGGACUACAGUUUCAGACUGGAUGCGCUGGUAUGACAGCUGGAUGAACGAUCCUCUCACGGAAAUUGAUGCUGAACAGCUAGAAAAGAACGUCAAUGAAUCUUUUAAGACGAUGCACAGAUGUGUGAGGCAGUUCAAGGAUUCGCCAGCCUGCCGGGAUAUGGCAGUGGAGCUCCGGGGCAAGAUUGAAGACUUCAAACCGUACAUUCCCCUGAUUCAAGGGCUGCACAAUCCUGGCAUGAGGAACCGGCACUGGGAGAUGCUCUCAAAAGACAUUAACAUCAACAUCAAGCCACACGCUGGGCUGACGUUUUCUCACUGCUUGGACAUGAAACUGCUGGACCACAUUGAGAGCAUUGCCAAAGUAGCUGAGAUAGCCAGCAAGGAGUACGCCAUCGAGAGUGCACUGGACAAGAUGGAGAAUGAAUGGAGCUCCAUUUUUUUUACUGUGAUGCCCUAUAAAGACACAGAUACCUUUAUUCUGAAGAACCCUGAUGAAGCUUCUCAGCUGCUGGACGAUCACAUCGUCAUGACUCAGAGCAUGUCCUUCUCGCCAUACAAGAAACCUUUUGAAGACAGGAUGAACACAUGGGAAAGCACGCUGAAGAUGACACAGGAUGUCCUAGAGGAAUGGCUGAACUGCCAGCGCUCCUGGCUCUACCUGGAGCCCAUCUUUAGCUCAGAAGACAUCAACAGACAACUCCCAGUGGAAAGCUCACGCUACCAGACCAUGGAUAGAAUCUGGAGGAACAUCAUGAAAAAUGCUAAGGAAAACCCCGAGGUGAUUUCUUUGUGUCCUGAUCCUAAGCUACUAGAGAACUUGCGGAAAUGUAACCAACUGCUAGAACUUGUGCAGAAAGGUCUGAGUGAAUAUUUGGAGACCAAGAGAAGUGCUUUCCCCAGGUUCUACUUCCUUUCAGAUGAUGAGCUGCUGGAAAUACUGUCUCAGACAAAAGACCCUACUGCUGUACAGCCUCAUCUCCGUAAAUGCUUUGAGAACAUUGCACAGCUGCUGUUCCAGGAGGACCUACAGAUCACACACAUGUACUCUGCUGAAGGAGAAGAGGUGAAGCUGUUUGUUCCCAUCUAUCCCACUGAAAAUGUGGAGGACUGGCUGCUGGAAAUUGAGAGAUCCAUGAAGGCCAGUGUACGAGACAACAUAGAGAGAUCAGUUGGUGUGUAUCCAGAGACACCACGUACUACCUGGGUUUUGCAAUGGCCUGGCCAGGUAACCAUUGCUGGUUGUCAGAUUUUCUGGACAAAGGAGGUGUCCGAAGCUCUGGAAGCUGGAGAUUUGGCCAGCAGACUUUUCCCACAGCUGGGUACUCAGCUGGCCGGUCUGGUUGCCCUGGUCCGUGGAAAACUGUCCAAGAUGCAGCGAGCAGUGUUAUCAGCUCUCAUUGUGAUUGAGGUCCACGCCAAGGAUGUUGUUGCGAAGCUGAUUGAGGAGAACGUGACAGGCGUGAAUGAUUUUGAGUGGAUCUCCCAGCUCAGAUACUACUGGACAAGGGGGGACCUGUACAUCAGAGCUGUCAAUGCUGAAUUUAUCUAUGGCUAUGAGUAUCUGGGGAACAGUGGCCGUCUGGUUAUCACACCCCUCACUGACAGGUGUUACCUGACGCUUACGGGAGCUCUGCACCUGAAAUUUGGAGGAGCACCUGCAGGACCAGCAGGAACGGGCAAAACAGAAACAACAAAAGACCUGGGGAAAGCAAUGGCCAUCCAAACUGUAGUGUUCAACUGCUCCGACCAGCUUGACUUUAUGGCAAUGGGAAAGUUCUUCAAGGGAUUAGCCAGCUCUGGAGCAUGGGCUUGCUUUGAUGAGUUCAACCGCAUUGAUAUUGAGGUGCUGUCUGUGGUGGCCCAGCAGAUCACAACCAUCCAGAAGGCACAGCAGCAGAGGGUGACUCGCUUCAUGUUUGAAGGCAUGGAGAUACCACUAGUCCCAUCCUGCGCAGUCUUCAUCACGAUGAACCCAGGGUAUGCUGGACGCACCGAAUUACCCGAUAACCUGAAGGCUCUCUUCCGUCCCGUGGCUAUGAUGGUGCCAGACUACUCCAUGAUUGCUGAGAUCUCACUGUACUCCUUUGGGUUUAACGAAGCCAAGGUCCUUGCAAAGAAGAUCACCACCACAUUCAAACUAUCAUCAGAGCAACUUAGCACCCAGGACCAUUAUGACUUUGGGAUGAGAGCUGUGAAGACUGUCAUCUCAGCAGCUGGCAACCUCAAAAGGGAGAAUCCAGCCAUGGAUGAGGAGCUGAUCUGCCUGCGGGCUAUCAGGGAUGCAAACGUGCCUAAAUUCCUGCAGGAUGACCUGAAGCUCUUCAAUGGUAUCGUCUCAGAUUUAUUUCCCAAAAUCAAAGAACAGCCUGUUGAUUAUGGUAUCCUGGAAGAAGCCAUUCGUAAAUCCUGCAUCAAACAGAAUCUGAAGGAUGUUGAUGGUUUUGUGACUAAAUGCAUCCAGCUGUACGAAACCACUGUGGUCCGACACGGCCUCAUGUUAGUGGGGCCAACGGGCUCCGGGAAGACAAAGAGUUACAAAGUCCUGGCAGAGGCAAUGACUUCUCUGAAAGGUCAGCCUGCAGCAAGUGGUGGAAAUUAUGAAGCAGUCAACUACUUUAUCCUGAACCCCAAGUCCAUCACAAUGGGCCAGCUUUAUGGAGAGUUUGACUUGCUAACGCAUGAAUGGACAGAUGGGAUCCUUUCCUCGCUCAUCCGGCGUGGAGCUGUGGCCACGGACACCAACAAGAAGUGGUAUAUGUUUGAUGGGCCAGUCGAUGCCGUGUGGAUUGAGAACAUGAACACGGUGCUGGAUGACAAUAAGAAGCUGUGUCUCAGCUCAGGAGAAAUCAUCAAGCUUACCGAGAACAUGACCAUGAUGUUUGAAGUCCAGGACUUGGCUGUCGCUUCCCCCGCCACAGUCUCCCGCUGUGGGAUGGUUUACCUGGAGCCCAGCAUCCUGGGGCUGGAGCCCUUCACCGAGUGUUGGCUGAAGAAAAUCCCAGGCAUCAUGAAGCCCUUCUCAGAGCAGUUGGCCUCGCUCUUCAGGAGAUUCCUUAAGGAGGCUAUCACCUUUGUCCGAAACUCUGUGAAGGAGAUAAUUGCCUCAACAGACAGUAACCUCACGAGGAGCCUCCUCAUGCUGUUGGAGUGUUUGUUUCAGCCUUUCAUUGCCAUCGAGGGAAUUAGGAGUAUUCCCCAGGAGAAGGCAGCACGUAUCGGAGAGCUGAUUGAACCCUGGUUUAUGUUUGCCUUGAUCUGGAGCGUGGGUGCUACAGGAGAUUCCCAAAGCCGCGUGGCCUUCAGCUUGUGGCUGAGGAAGAAGAUGGCAAAGGAAAAGAUACAGUUACUUUUCCCAGAAGAAGGGCUGGUAUAUGACUAUAAACUGGACGAUGCUGGGCUCAGUAGUGCUGAAGAUGAUCUGGAUGACGAGAUCAUUAAAGAGGUGCACUGGGAGAAGUGGCUGGACUCUACUGCACAGUUCACCCUCGUUCCGGACACCAACUUCUGUGACAUUAUCAUCCCCACAAUGAAUACAGUCCGGAUGGCCCAUCUCCUGGAGCUGUUGCUCACCAACCGUAAGCCAGUUCUUUGUGUUGGUCCCACUGGCACAGGAAAGACUCUCACUAUUGCAGACAAACUUCUGAAGAACUUGCCUCUCAAAUACAUCUCCCACUUCCUGAUGUUUUCUGCUCGCACCUCUGCCAACCAAACUCAGGAUCUCAUUGAUAGCAAACUGGAUAAGAGGCGAAAAGGUGUGUUCGGGCCUCCCCUCGGGCGCUACUUCAUAUUUUUUAUCGAUGACUUGAACAUGCCUGCGCUGGAGACGUAUGGUGCUCAGCCACCCAUUGAGCUGCUGAGGCAGUGGAUGGACCACCAGGGCUGGUACGACCGCAAGCAGAUCGGUACUUUUAAGAAGCUGGUAGAUAUUAAUUUUGUCUGUGCCAUGGGGCCUCCUGGAGGAGGAAGGAAUCCUGUCACUCCACGCCUUACCCGCCACUUCAACUACCUCUCCUUCACGGAGAUGGAGGACAGCAGCAAGAAGACCAUCUUCUCCACUAUCCUUGGCAGUUGGAUGGAUGGGCUCCUAGGAGAAAGGAGUUACAGAGAUCCAGUGCCGGGAGCACUUGCUGUCAAGGACUUGAACGAGCCUUUGGUUGAUGCCACUAUCUGCGUGUACUCAACCAUCACGUCCACGCUGCUGCCUACGCCGGCAAAGUCGCAUUACACCUUCAACCUAAGAGACCUCUCCAAAGUGUUCCAGGGCAUGCUCAUGGCUGAGCCCAGCAAGGUGGAGGACAAGCUGCAGCUGCUGAGACUGUGGUACCAUGAGAGCUGUCGGGUCUUCUGUGAUCGCCUGGUCAGUGACGAGGACCGCACCUGGUUUGAUGACUUGAUGAAGCACAUGAUGGAGGAGUUAGGCACCACUUUUGAGGAGGUCAUCCCCUCCCAGCCAGUUCUGUUUGGUGACUUCAUGGUGCAAGGUGCUGAUACCAAACUGUAUGAAGCCAUUGAGAGCCAGGAAAAGCUGAAGGCGGUGAUCGAGGAGUACCUGGAGGAGUACAACCAAAUGAACACGACGGAGAUGAAGCUGGUGCUCUUCAUGGACGCCAUGCAGCACAUCUGCCGCCUCAGCCGCAUCCUGCGGCAGGCGCUGGGCAACGCGCUGCUCCUGGGCGUCGGGGGCAGCGGCAGGCAGUCUCUCACCAGGCUGGCCUCCCACAUGGCCGAGUAUGAGUGUUUCCAGAUUGAACUGUCCAAAAAUUACGGCAUGACAGAGUGGCGAGAUGAUGUGAAGAAGAUCAUGAUGAAGGCAGGCCUUCAAAGCCUACCGAUGACGUUUCUGUUCGCAGACACACAGAUUAAAAGCGAGUCCUUCCUUGAGGAUAUCAACAGCAUGCUCAACUCGGGUGAUAUUCCCAACAUUUACAACCUUGACGACCAAGAGCAAAUCAUGACAGCGAUGAAGCCCGUCAUUCGGGAUCUGGGCCUGCAGCCCACCAAGGCCAACCUGAUGGCUGCCUACACGGGACGGGUGCGCAGCACCAUCCACAUGGUCCUGUGCAUGAGCCCUAUUGGUGAAGUUUUCCGAGCACGCUUGAGACAGUUCCCCUCUCUAGUGAACUGCUGUACCAUUGACUGGUUUAACGAGUGGCCUGCUGAAGCGCUGCAAUGUGUUGCCUCCUCCUUCUUGAAUGAGAUCCCAGAUCUUGGUGCCAAUGAAGAAGGCGUGGAUGGGAUGAUUCAGAUGUGUAUAGAAAUCCAUCAGAGUGUGGCAAAAAAGUGCCAGAUGUACCUGGCAGAGCUGGCCAGGCACAAUUAUGUCACUCCCAAAAGCUACCUAGAGUUCCUCAGCCUUUUCAGUUCCCUCAUUGGAAAGAAGAAACAGAAACUGAAGACAGCCAUGAACAGGAUGAAAAGCGGCCUGGACAAGCUCCUGCAGACAGCAGAGGAUGUGGCGAAGAUGCAGGAAGAGCUGGAGUCUGCUCGCCCUCUCCUGGCAGAAGCGGCCAAGGACACCCUGGCAACUAUGGAACAACUGCAGGCGGACGCAGCUGUAGCUGAAGAGACGCGAAACGCUGUGCAGGCUGAGGAGGCGAGAGCCAAAGCCAAAGCUCAGACAGCUCAAGCCAUUGCAGAUGAUGCCCAGAAGGACCUGGCCGAAGCACUUCCAGCCCUGGAUGCUGCUCUUGCCAGCCUGAGGAACCUCAACAAAAAUGAUGUUACAGAGGUACGAGCAAUGCAGCGGCCUCCAGUUGGUGUGAAGAUGGUGAUCGAAGCUGUCUGCAUCAUGAAAGAAAUCAAGCCCAAAAGGGUGCCAGGAGAAAAGCUGGGCACCAAGGUGGAUGAUUACUGGGAGCCCGGCAAGGCUCUUCUCCAGGACCCGGGGAAAUUCCUGGACAGCCUAUUUAAGUACAACAAGGACAACAUUGCAGAGUCUGUGAUCAAAGCCAUCCAGCCCUACAUUGACAGCGUGGAGUUCCAGCCAUCUGCCAUUGCCAAGGUCUCCAAAGCCUGCACCUCCAUCUGCCAGUGGGUGCGUGCCAUGUACAAGUACCACUUUGUGGCCAAGGCUGUGGAGCCCAAGCGGCAAGCCUUCCGGGAAGCAGAAGCGGACCUGCACCUCACCCAGCAGGUCCUUGAGGAAGCCAAGGACCGCCUGAGGGAGGUUGAAGACGGCAUCUCGAUGCUGCAGGCCAAGUAUAACAACUGCGUGGCCAAGAAGGAAGAGCUGGAGAUGAAGUGUGAGCAGUGCGAGCAGAGGCUGGGCUAUGCUGACAAGCUCAUUAACGGCCUGGCUGACGAGAAGGUGCGCUGGCAGGACACCGUACAGAGCCUGGAUUACAUGCUCAACAACAUCGCCGGGGACGUGCUGGUCGCGGCUGGCUUCGUGGCCUACCUGGGCCCGUUCACAGGCGACUACCGCACAGCGCUGUGCAAGGAGUGGCUGAGGCAGCUGUCAGAGAACAACGUUCCCCACACCAAGGACCCCAACCUGAUCAGCACCCUCGGAGAUCCCAUGGAAAUCCGCUCCUGGCAGAUUGCUGGCUUACCCAACGAUAGCCUGUCCGUGGAGAAUGGGGUAAUAACGGAGUUCUCCCAGCGCUGGACUCACUAUAUCGAUCCCCAGGGACAAGCAAACAAGUGGAUCAAGAACCUGGAGAAGGAGAACAACCUGGAGGUGGCCAAGCAGAGUGACCGGGACUUCCUCAGCACUCUGGAGAACUCCAUUAGCUUUGGGAAGCCCUUCCUGCUGGAGAACGUUGGCGAGGAGCUAGACCCAGCCCUUGAGCCUGUCCUCUUGAAACAGACCUACAAGCACCAAGGCAACACAGUGCUGAAGCUGGGGGACACAGUGAUCCCCUAUCAAGAGGAUUUCAGGAUGUACAUCACCACCAAACUGCCCAACCCUCACUACACCCCGGAGGUCUGCACGAAGGUCACCCUCAUCAACUUCACCCUCUCACCCAGUGGCUUGGAAGACCAGCUGCUGGGCCAAGUGGUAGCUGAGGAGAGGCCUGACUUAGAAGAGGCCAGAAACCAGCUGGUCGUCAGCAAUGCCAAGAUGCGCCAGGAGCUGAAGGCCAUAGAAGACCAGAUCCUCUACCGGCUCAGCACUUCGGAGGGGAACCCUGUAGAUGACCUGGAGCUCAUCAACGUGCUGGAGGCAUCCAAGCUCAAGGCAGGAGAGAUCGAGGCCAAGGUAAAGGUUGCAGAGCAGACAGAGAAGGACAUUGACAUCACGCGCAUGGAGUAUGUGCCCGUCGCUGUCCGCACCCAGAUCCUCUACUUCUGUGUCUCAGACCUGGCCAACGUGGACCCUAUGUACCAGUACUCACUCGAGUGGUUCCUCAACAUCUUCUUAACAGGGAUCGCCAACUCCGAGAGAGCAGACACCCUGAAGGACCGGAUCACGAACAUCAACAACUAUGUCACCUUCAGUCUCUACAGCAACGUGUGCCGCAGCCUCUUUGAGAAGCACAAGCUCAUGUUUGCCUUUCUGGUGUGCGUCCGGAUUAUGAUGAACGAAGGGCAGAUCAACAUGGUGAGUGAGCUGUCUUAGUCCUUUGGUAGGAUCC